UUAUCACGGGCUCGCCUUCGUAUGAGGACUAUAGCAGCAGGAUGCACCGGCAGGCUUAACACUCACACACACGUACAAUAAGGCGGGAAUCCAGAAGCAUCUCACGGGCUAACUUCUCAUCGUGACCACUCAUAACUCUUCCGUGCACACACCAGUCUAAACUUCCAAGAGGAUAAACGCCAGAGUUUUAUUUGACAACAACAUGGGAAUUGAUACAGCACCUGUACUGCUCCAUUGAUGUGAUUAUUAAAAAUCAAUUUUUAGGUACGGCACAAGAGGCUUGUUAAAAAUUGCCCACGAUUAUGGGGAUAUAACUACAAUGACGUAACAACAUCGACCGCCAUGUACAAAUUGAUUACAGAGUGAAUAUUGUUUCUACGUAUACAGUGCUGGUAUAUGCUAUAGCGAAUUAACGUACAUGGAACUUAAGAGUAGCAGAUAUACCACCAACAAAAGUAACUCAAAAAUCUGAUGAUUAAAAUGAUAUCAGUUGCCAGAUAAGACACUUAUAUCUCAGUGCAGAAUGUCUUGAAGAUACCUGUAUUUCAAAUGAGGUUGAAUACGCCUUCAGGAUGCGUGCAUGUAUAGUUACAGAUAGAGAGAUACCUCUGUUUAUAAAAUCAACUGCAGCUGGAGGCAGCGUCAGGAUGUGUGGAAUGAAAGAUGCUCUCAGGGUGAACCAGAAACUCAAGAUGUGGAGACCCAGAUAUUAACACACUUUGCUGGAAACCCUACGCCAAGGGGAACCGUUUCACGAACCAGCUGGACUUCUACGUGGUUGAAUUUCAUGGAAUUUGAGACUUCCUAUCAAACCUUUUUGCCAACUGAUUCGAGUCUCCAUCAGUCCCCCGAUAGUACAAUGGAUUUUACGGAGACCAUGGACAUGAUGGACGCAGCCAUGAACUGCACGGGGGUAAACUGCAGCGGGCCCGGCGGCCAGGACGACAGUAAAUCCCACAUGGAGACGGUGAAGAUCGCUUGCAUGGCCGUGCUGUCCGGCUUCGCGAGUCUCUUCACGGUGUGCGGCAACGCCCUAGUCAUCGUCGCCUUCUGCCGGGAGAGGCGACUGCGCUGCCUCAGCAACUACUUCAUAAUCAGCAUGGCAUCGGCUGAUGUGAUUAUAGGAGCCUUCUCCAUGCCUCUCUACACAAUGUAUCUACUUAUAGACUACUGGCCGUUGGGUCCCGUCAUAUGUGAUAUAUGGUUGUUUCUGGACUACUUGUGCUGUGGUGCUUCUGUUCUUGGGAUCCUCUUGAUUAGUGUCGAUAGGUACCGGUGUUUAUCUCACCCUAUGACCUACCGAAGUGACAUGACCCGGGCUCGUGUACUCUUCCUCAUCGUAGCUAGUUGGAUUACCACAAUACUUCUCUUCGGUGUCCCCAUCAUAGGCUGGCAAUUCUUUGAAGGGAAACGCACCGUCCCCGAGAGAGAGUGCGAGGUGCAGUUCAUCAAAGACCCUUUCUUCACGGCGGGUUCCAUUAUUAUGAUAUACUGGUUACCACUAGUCGUCAUCCUCAUCUUGUACAUGCGUAUUUACUUGUUAACUCGAAGGCUCGUGAAGCGCGAGGCCAGGAUUAUCGGUCGCUUGAGCGUCCGGCACCACGUGGAGCCGGCCGAGACGUCACACAACAACAACCACCAACGGAAAUUUUCCUCUGGUGUCAUGCUAGACUCCGAGGACGAACAAACGGUGUCGUUCCCCACACGGGACCUGCCGUUACCGGCGCACCAGGAGGAGGAGGACCUGUGUGGUAGAGCCUCCAGCUCCCACCAGCAUAACGCCGAUAACGGGUGCCGGAUGGACGGGCAGAAGAGACGGGUCACACUCCAGUCUGAAACCGAUGAGUACUCCGAAGAUCAAAGCGACCGGGCCUCGCAUCACCAGGCUUCGAAUAGAAGCCACACUAAGGCCAGUCCGAACAGCAAAGACCAUACCAUAGGAAAGACGUUAUCUGCCGCUUUGGUGAGCUUGAAGGAGGCCAAGGCCGUGCGGACUCUAAGCGCCAUCCUUGGAUUUUUCAUCUUGUGUUGGACGCCGUACAGCGUGCUGGUCAUUGUAAAAGGCUUCUGCCCCGACUGUGUGAACAUGUACCUUUAUGAACUCAGCUACUUCUUGUGCUAUAUCAACAGCUCGUGUAAUCCAAUAUGUUAUGCGUUCGCGAACAGAGAUUUUAAGAUAGCUUUUAAAAAGAUCCUAAUGUGUGAUCGUCAGAAGUAUGGUUGGAAAUCCAGUCACUAUUGAACAGUGUGCUGUUUUCCCCUCAUUGCUUGGUGCGUGCGAACGAUAGCUUCCAUUAAUUAUUGUUUAAAUGAAUUUGAUUGUGCUAAAUGAACUUCUUAUGGUGAGUACACGUUCCAUGUUGUUAAUUGCAUUUUACCACACGUCUAACGAGGGAGGACAAUUUCAAGCGGCCAAUUUCAAGCGGCCAUUUGGAUUAUUAAAUCGUGACGCACGCAAGCACGUGGUCAAUGUGCUUCUUUUAAAAAAGAAAUUGUGUGGUUGAAGCAAGUUACGUUUUGUCUUACUCCCGUGCAGCGUUUUAAUCAUGAGUGUUUUAUAAAUUGAACGUUUCGGCAGUGGUCUUCAAAACAGCAAACCCCUGGUUAUGUGGAGUUGCGUCCUUGUCUCUUUGUCCCUAGAAAGUAACUCAUCAUUGAACACAAAUUAGAGGCAGUUAUCAAAAAUACCUCCUUGGAGGACAAAACUAUGGAACGUCACUUAAAACUGCGAUGAGAAAUCGCCCUUGAAGAGCAUGCACGUCCAAAUUUAAUUGAGAUUUUAUCUUCCGAGGCUAAAGUCAUAAAUAUUCAAGGAUUGUAGUUUUCCUAUUAAGCCGUGUGUGCUCCGUUGUUUUUCCUUCUUCUAUUUUAUAUCUCAAUGCCAUGAAAGUUUGUCAUAAGAAAUUGCCAUUAUGCCAGUGCCCACCCUAGUUAAGCUGUGUCAUAGAAUCCACCUAGUACGCAUCGUCGUUCGCUCCCUUACGAGCGGUAAACACAUUCUGAAUUUGCACUUUGAAUCAUAUAACCAAAUUGGUGCCCGAACAUAUCGAGCUUCUUCCCAAAGGUAGACAUCUCACUGGCGAGUCUGCAAAGCAAGACAUUUUGAACAAAAAUAAUUCUUAACUUCAGAGCGUUGGCUUUUUUGUGUAUGUAGUGUAUGUCUCAAAGUUUCAUUUUAGCGUGCAUUAUACACAGUCCUCAGAACCAUUGACAGGACGAGAAGUUUUGUGUUUGUUCGUCUAAUGAGCAACAGCCUCCAUCCGAAACCUAUUAUCGUUGUUUAAAUAAAACCCGGCAAUUAAGUCCACAUUUUAA